UCCAGUCUACUUUACUUUGGAAAUGUCUGUCUCCAACAGGACUGAUUCCAACCUGACAGUCGAGCAUGGUGUGAAUGUGUUCCCUUCAAAUAUUGAGUCUGCAAAGAGGAUUCCUGGCUAUCAAGUUGUCUGUAAUCCUGGAAACUUCACAAAAAACGCUUCAGAAUUCACCUGCAUCUGGACUGGUCUGAAUCAGAGUACAGCUCAUUUACCAUCCAUGUCUGGUCCUCUGUAUCUGGGAACUACAGAAGUGAAGAAUGAGGCUCACAUUAUUAGGGAAAGCUUUUCAUUCACAAUCGAAGCUACUGCUAAAAAUCCAACCAGCAUCUUUGUAUACUGGACCAGCCUGACAUCAACUUCCAUGACAGUCUUUGGUUAUGAAAUCCAGUAUAUGAGAGUAGGGGACAAUAGUUCUGUUGUGAUAAGAACAAAUAACACACAACUUUUGCUUCAAGAUCUCCUACCGAGCACCACCUACAGCAUCAGUGUUACGCCCUUAUACAACAACGCUAGAGGAAUCCCAGGAUCCUUAACCAUUACUACUCCAAGCAUUCCUUCCAGCUAUUUCAUUAACGUAUUUGUGCAUAACAAGACAGCAACGUCUGCAGUAAUCAGCUGGCAAGUGCCUGCGCAAGUUGCAUCAAACAUCACGACGUAUCGAUUGUGCUAUGGUCUUCUGAACAGUUCAGCCCUCAUCAAAAAUAUGACCCUGGCUUCUUCAGUGCUCAGUUAUCACUUGUCAGGCCUGAAAAACAGCACAGUGUACUUUGCACUCAUUUCCGCAGUAUUGAGCCCCUCAUUGGGUGAGAUGAGCUCCAUUGUCUACUUUCUCACAGGAGAGUCAUCCCUAUUGGUCAGUGCAAUGACCAGCAGUCCAACCAGUGCUCAUGUGAACUGGACCUGUCCAAGUUUGCAAAUGGUCUCCAGUUAUGAAGUCCAAUACAUCAGAGUGGAGGAUAAUGUUGGCAACAUCUCCAUUACCAGCAACACAUCGAUCCUGCUUAGAGAUCUUCUCCCCAAUUCCACAUAUUGUAUCACUGUAACCCCGCUAAUCAACGGCACCAGAGGAAAUCCAGGAUUCACAGCGAUCAGCAUGACACAUGAUGUUAGUGCUAAGGCAACCCCAUCACCACUGCAUUUGAUGGUGUCAGAAAUUGGACAGGGAGUGGGCUUGUUUUUAGUGACCUGGGAGCCUCCCGAAGUACCCGUUGGGACCAUCUUGCACUAUAAUGUGUCUGUACAGGCCAAUGGCUCUUCAACUGCUUGGUACCACACAGACAAUCCGUAUCUCUACCUUCAAGAUUUCCUACCGAACACGGUUUACAGCAUCAGCGUGACAGCCGUCGGAGAGAAUGGCGAGAGUCUCCAAAGCGACACAGCUACAGUCCAAAUUCAACCUGCCAUUGCGUCCAGUUCUGUGUCCAGCUUUAAACCCCAGCUCCUGAGCACUGAAGAGCUGUCCAUACGAUCAUCCAGCAUACUGCUCAAACUGCCUGAAUGUGGGGUGUUUGAGGAGGCAGCCAGGCAGCUACCGAGUCUUAGUGGCCAGAACCUGUCAGUGUCCUUGGUGGUGGCAGAAAGUAAAGCGGUUAACGAAGACUUCAAACUGGCAUCCUCUACUCUGACUAAUUUAACUUACAACGACACAAAUAUUGGCAGCACUGGGCCUUAUGUGUCCAUCCAUUAUCUCUCUGCGUAUGACUGCUACAGCAUUACAACCAACAGCCGGAUCAUUCAGAGGGACACUGAAAGCCUUUGUGGUCCUUCUACUGGAGGGUGUGAGAAGAAAUUCAUUAGGGCCAGAAGUAGUAGUACUUUCAGUAUAAGACCUGUAAUCGUGGGGGCCACUGAAUACUGCAACUCAUCAAUACAAGUGUGCAAUGGACCUCUUCGACCAAACACAGGUUACAGGACAAAAUAUAUACUAGUAGAUGGAUCUGGAAAUGAGGUGAUGAGUAGCGAUUGGUCUGACACCUUCAAAACAAAGUCUGGACCAAUCCCAUAUGAAGCCAUUGAGCUCCGGGACAGAGCCACCACAGCCGGAGUGGUCAUUCUUGCUGUCCUCCUUCUGUUCCUCUUUCUUCUGCUUCUGCUGCUGUGCUUUCUUUGCCUGGGGUGUAGCAAACGCAGAAACAGGAAGAUGUACAAGCAAGCCACACCAUAUGAUACACAUCACACCAAAGACAUAGUGAUGAAGAACAGCAUGGCUUCUGAGCAUAACAUCCGGGAGCCAAAGAAUCUUGAACAGAUGAACGGACCAUUUGUAAUUCAGAGCCAAGAGCAGUAUCUGUUUUCGGGCUGGGGAGCUUCCAGCUCUGGUUUCUCAGGAAAGCAACAAGAAUCCCAUACAAGAUCGGUAACCCUAACAACGGUCAUUGACACUGGCAGAAUUUCAUCUGCGCCAGUGGAGCACAACUGAGAACAAGAAGACUCAUCACCUGCUCAUAUGGAGCUGCACACUGCUAUGUGUACAAUUGAUACGAUAUACACGCUGCAGAUUCCUUCAUUUGUACUAAUGUAUUUAUUUUUUUCAUUUGUGUGUUUACCAAUAAUGUUGACUCAAGGAAGAUUAGUCCUCUGCAGUCAAUUAAUGUAUUUCAGUAACUGUGGGAAGAAUCAGACUUGUUUAUGGAUGUAUUUCCCCUUUUCACUUUUUAGAUCUUCUAAAUAAGAAUCUUUUUCAUAUUAUGCAAAACACAUCAAAUUAAGAUGCAUCUCUACAUGUUUUUGAUGUUGAUUCAUUUUUUUCAAUGUUAUAGCAGAUAGACUCAUUUGAAAUUGUAUUGUUAUUUAAGUAAUUUUUGUGAAUAAAAACAUGACUUUGU